AUGGAAUCCGAUAAUCUGCGUACCGCUUCGCUAUAUAUCAACAACCAACUUCUUUCCCGUGGCCUACUACGAAAUGGCCAAACAAUCGACUUCGCAUGCCCUGAUAAAGGCGAAGGAGGAAUGGAGGCCACCAUGGGGAAAGUCAUGAGCAUAGUAAACGAUCUGAUAUUGCGAAGAGAUCGCGAUGCUACACAACGCGAAACCCUGUCGCAAACCAUCCGUACUCUACGCGCCGAUUCCCUGCGCCAGACGACAGAUUUCGAGCGUCUGAAUAACAAAUAUGCGGAGGCGCAACGGAAAGUGGGAUUAGCAGAAGCGGCGGAGCGCGCAUUCAAACAGCAGAUUCGUGGCGCGGAACAUGCGGCUCGGGGGUUGAAAGAGGAGAUGGGGAGGAUGAGGAUACUGGUUAAUCAGACAAGGAAUCAGUGUGCCAAUGAGGUUCGGAAGAGGGAACGUGCUAUUGAAAGCAUGAAGAAACACGUUGGUGAGGGAGGACGAGCGCGAGGCAGUGGGAAGGCUGUGGGUGUUGUUACUAUUAAUGUUACUGCUGGAGUAGGUGAGGAGGUUGCGAAAGCUGGAGCGAGUGUUGGGACUGAUGACGCGAAUUACGACUUACGAAUGGAAACGAAUGAGUUUUUGACGGAGCUGGCAAGAGGGCUGAGCGAGGAGAAUGAAAAUAUUGGGGGUUUGCUUCGGAGGACGGUGGAUUCGCUGAGGAGUCUGAGCGGGUGCGAAAAGGAUCACGAAGGAAAUAUGGUUGUCCAAAUGGAUGCUGGGUAUGAAAGUCUUGCUGCAGAGAUGGAUUUCGUGAUCGAACACCUGCGAACUUUGUUGACAAAUCCGUCAUUUGUGCCAUUGGAAGAGGUCGAAGUCAGAGAAGAGGAGAUCAUUCGACUGAGGGAGGGAUGGGAAAGGAUGGAGUCAAGAUGGCGAGACGCUGUCCAGAUGAUGGAAGGGUGGAGCAAACGAAUGACUAGGAGCGGCCAGACUGUGAACCUGGAAGAACUGAAGAUGGGUCUCAAGCUGAGCCCCUUAAAGCGUAAAGAAGAAGAGAAUGCCCAAGAAUUCCAGUUAUCAACACUUAUGGAAGAAGGCGAAGGCGACACGCAGGCAGAUAUCGAUGCGAUGGACGAUUCUGGACUUCCUACUCCAGAAGAGCCGGACUUUGACGAGGACUGUGAAGAUUCUGAAUCCAGCCUUUUUGACGAGGAGCCAGAGGACGAGAUAUCAAAAGAAGCAUUCGAAGAAGAACAGCAAGAUAUGACUAUCGAGACAGCCUCUUCACUAUCACCCGGUCCAGCACCACAACUCUCUCCACUCCGAGAAACAGCUGGGAACCGCAGACUACCUUCACCUGAAAAAGAAGGAUUCACAACAAUUGUCGAAGAAAACACCUUCGACUUACUUCAAAUGCAAUCUUCCCCACCUCGCAAAGCAAAAUCCACACCCCAAAGCCAACGCAAGAACCAAAGUCAAAACUCCCAACUCUCAGCAACACCUUCUGACGAAGUCUCCCUCCUCAAAACAUCAAACGUGUCUCAACGUUCACCACGAAAGGUCUCAAACACAGCCCCUAAAUCCCACUCCACUUCCGUGCCAAAACUGCAGCAAACACCAUCGAGUCGCCUACCUCGCCCACGAGAAGGAUUGCCGCAGCAAAGUCCCCUGACUAUGGCAUCUAUAGCAGCGAAACUAGCUGCGACAGAACGAGAAGCUGAUGCUGCGAGAGUGAGGGCUAAAAUUAAGGCUGCCAAGUUGAAUCGCAGCAGUACUGAAAAAAUGGCUCCGCCACCGGCCCCAUCACCAAAGAGAAACGAAGCGGCGCCCUUGAACGAAACGGCAUCGAGCGAGGUUUCUUCGCGAAAGCGGAAAGCUACUGCGUUGGGGAGAGCUCAGGGCGGGAGAGCGAAUAGGAGAAGAAGUACGUUGAGUCCAUGGGAGUUGGAGAGCUUGAUCAUGGGGGGUGUUGGUACGAGUCCGAGUAAGGAUUAA